AUGGCUGGUUCUCAUGUUACAGUAAAAUAUGUUUUCAAAACACGUCUCUCCUUCUAGGCUAGCAAUAUAGCUAUCAUAGCUUACAUUUUCUCCUUUAUUCUUGUACAAGUAGCACAGCCAAGAAGGCCAAUGGAUGGAGGAAAUCACUCAACUGUGUCAGAGUUCGUGUUCCUGGGACUCACCAACUCCCGGGCUAUCCAACUAUUCCUCUUUGUGUUCUCCUCCACGUUGUACAUGGCAAGCAUGAUGGGAAACUUCCUCACUGUGCUCACAGUGGCUUCUGACCCUCACUUGCACUCCCCCAUGUACUUUCUGUUGGCCAACCUCUCCUUCAUUGACUUGGGUGUUUCUUCUGUCUCUUCUCCCAAGAUGAUUUUUGAUCUCUUUAGAAAGCACAAAGUUAUCUCAUUUACAGGGUGCAUCACUCAGAUCUUCUUCAUCCAUGUCAUUGGUGGUGUGGAGAUGGUGUUGCUCAUAGCCAUGGCCUUUGGUAGGUAUGUGGCCAUAUGUAAACCUCUCCACUACUUGAAUAUUAUGCACCCAAUCCUGUGCAUCUUCUUUGUAGUGGCUGCCUGGAUGAUCGGCCUCAUGAACUCUGUAGUUCAACUGGCUUUUGUUGUAAACUUGGCUUUCUGUGGCCCUAAUGUGUUGGACAGCUUUUACUGUGACCUUCCUAGGCUCACUAAAGUUGCCUGCACAGACACCUACUGCCUGGAAUUCAUAGUCACAGCCAACAGAGGAUUCAUUUCUAGGGGCUCCUUCAUUACACUGAUCAUUUCUUAUAUCAUCAUCAUUCUCACUGUUCAGAAACACUCUUCCACUGGUUUCUCCAAAGCUCUGUCCACACUAGCUCACAUCACUGUGGUAGUCUUCUUCUUUGGUCCUUUUAUUUUUGUCUACACAUGGCCUUUUCCCUCUACACAUCUUGAUAAAUAUCUGGCCAUAUUUGAUGCAGUAAUCACUCCAUUUCUGAAUCCAGUCAUCUACACAUUCAGGAAUCAAGAAAUGAAAGUGGCAAUGAAGAGAGUAUGCAGACAGUGA